CUAGGGGCAGGCACGUCAGUUGGAGCUCAAUUGUUGAUCUGAUCACAUCCAACGGACUUGCUGCAAAAGAGAGAAGCUGAGAUUUAAGAAGGGCAGAACCGUUUCUUACCUAUAGUACGACCGUGCUGUUUGAGCACAUUCACUUUGACUUCUUCAUUCUUCGGUUUCCUUUUUUACGCACGGUUUUGGGCUUAUACGACUCGGUGGAGGAGAUGUCUUUCCCCCAGUUGGGCUACCCUCAGUACUUAAGUGCCUCCCAAGCGGUGUACGGAGGUGAACGACCGGGGGUCUUAACUCCCUCAACCCGCGGAGGGAGCACUGAAAUUGCGGGAAACCCAUCCGCGGCGGCUGCAGCAGUAACGUCGGUGUUGGGCAUGUACGCCAACCCGUAUGCAGCCCACAACUACAGCGCCUUCUUGCCUUACACCAGCGCUGACUUGGCUCUUUUCUCUCAAAUGGGUUCCCAGUAUGACCUAAAGGACAGUCCUGGUGUCCAUCCAGCCAGCUUUGCUGCCCACACAUCCCCAGCCUUCUACCCAUAUGGCCAGUUUCAGUAUGGAGAUCCAGCCAGGCCUAAAAAUGCCACCAGGGAGAGUACAAGCACACUGAAGGCCUGGCUGAACGAACAUAGGAAGAACCCCUAUCCCACCAAAGGAGAGAAGAUCAUGUUGGCCAUUAUUACCAAGAUGACCCUGACGCAGGUCUCUACCUGGUUCGCCAAUGCCAGGAGGAGACUGAAGAAGGAGAACAAGGUGACAUGGGGGGCGAGGAGUAAAGAGGAUGAAGACGGCAACAUAUUUGGCAGUGACAACGAAGGGGAUGCGGAGAAAAAUGAAGAUGAAGAGGAGAUUGAUUUGGAGAGCAUAGAUAUAGACAAGAUUGACGACAAUGACGGAGAUCAAAGCAACGAGGACGAGGACGAUAAAUCCGAAGGCAGGGAGCGCGGGGAGCUGGACAGCUUAGAGAAAAGACGAGCCUUUGCACUGCAGGCGCAUGAGGCGUUUGACAAAUCAAAGAAUGGCAUUUCUGUGGGGAAGGAUCCUUCCGAUGGCAACAACACCAGAGUAUUGUCCCCUGACAGACAAGGGAGUUUUCAACUCCCAGUGAACAAUAAACCCAAAAUAUGGUCCUUAGCUGAGACAGCGACCAGUCCUGACAGUUCACAGAAACCCACAUCUCCCUCUGGGCCUGCUACUCACACCUCACCCCAGAUUCAACACCCAGCUUUUCUGCCGAGCCAUGGACUAUACACUUGCCAGAUUGGAAAGUUCCACAACUGGACAAACGGCGCUUUCUUGGGACAAAAUUCCCUGCUGAACGUGCGGUCAUUUCUGGGAGUAAAUCAACAUCAUCACAAUCACCACCUACCAGUGCAGCAUCAGGCGUCGGUGGUGGUUUCACCGGUGGCAACACACGAGAAAGCUUCUCAAGACCUCAGUCCAAAACACAUAGAUCAUGAAAAUGUUUUAAGAACAGAUUCGCCUCCAACACAGCCUCUGAAGUCUUCAUUUCGACCAAUUCAUGACAGCACCAGGACUCAGCAAGAUGCCACGCAACGAGUUCUAACGGCACUGUCCUCAGCUUGAUCAAGACAUAAUGCCCCGAAAUGACUUUACGCACUCAUAAAUGGACAAUGCAAAAUAACUUAAUUCAGCGUAUAGCAUUCAGUCGAUGAAGAGCAAAUGGCGUAAUUUGAUAAAUCCUGUUGGGUGGAUUUCUCUAUAGUUGUGUAGCCUAUACUCGCGCCUAUGUUACUCCCUCCAGUUUGCCCUGGGACAUUUGAUAAGCUUUUUAUUUUGUCUUGUGUUGGUGUCCUCUUUUAUGUAAAUACAGUGAUUUAAAUUUGUAAAUAGCGCAUUGACGGAAUUUGUCCAGAUCGUAUAUUUUGCCUAAUAAACUAAAUGAAAUUAUAGAGAAAACCAAAGA